AUGAAGGAACUGCUUCGUCUCAAUGAUGCUCCCAAGAGGAUCCAGUCAAUUCAUUUUGGACUUCUCUCUCCACAGGCAAUGAGCGAGCUUUCCGAGUUGGAAGUAUGCAACCGGGAAUUGUAUUCCGUUGUGGGCGGUCCUUCCGGCUCGAAGCCCCUCGCACAUGGGUCUCUUGAUCGUCGGCUUGGUAUUUCGGAUAAGAACAAUUCUUGUGAAACCUGCGGCUUAAAACUGGCAGAGUGCGCCGGACAUUUCGGGCAUAUAAAGCUUGCUCUCCCCGUUUUCCACAUCGGAUUUUUCAAGGCAACGAUUGCGAUUCUGCAGGCCAUUUGCAAGACCUGCUCGCGCAUCCUACUUUCAGACAAUGAAAAGCUGACUUGGCUGAAAAAAAUAAGAAAUCCGCACUUGGAUUCUCUGCAGAGGGAGUCUAUUUUCAAGACCAUCAUUUUGGCUUGCAAGAAGGUGUCGCAUUGUUCGCAAUGCGAUACUCUCAAUGGGAUCGUCAAAAAAGUAGGGGCUCUUAAAAUUAUACACGAAAAGAACGGAAGAGGAGGGAAAAAGGUAAUUACCAUAGAUUUGGCCACAGCCGCUUUUUCUGCAGCCGUUGAGAGCAUGCCCGAGGCAAGGCAGCCAAUUUCACGUGUUAUUACAACUGGGAUCGAAGAACUGUCCCCGCUAAAAGUGCUUGCGCUUUUUGAAAAUAUGUUGCCUGAAGAUUGCGAACUGGUUGGAUUGCCUCCAUCUUGUAAUGGGCGUCCGGAUCUGCUUCUAUGGCGUGUGCUACUUGUCCCUCCUGCCUGCAUUAGGCCCUCCGUGGAGCAGGAAACAGGCUCCAAUGAGGAUGAUUUGACGGUAAAGCUGGGCGAAAUCAUCUACACAAACCUCAUUUUGGAAGAUGCCUUGUCUAAAGGCUCGCCAAUCUCGAUGAUCAUGGAGGACUGGGAAUUUCUACAACUGCAAUGUGCGCUUUAUAUCCAUUCAGAGCUUCCAGGAAUCCCACCCUCUGCUCAGGUUUCUUCAAAACCGAUCAGGGGAUUUUGCCAGCGUCUCAAAGGCAAAGCCGGUCGGUUUCGAGGAAAUCUUUCCGGAAAGCGAGUCGAUUUUUCGGGAAGGACAGUUAUUUCUCCAGAUCCAACGCUUAAAAUCGGGGAUGUUGGGGUCCCAAUUUUUAUUGCAAAACAGCUGACUUAUCCUGAACAGGUUGCGUCGUUUUCGAUUGAAAGAUUGCGAGCACUGGUGAGGGCUGGGCCCGACCACCACCCGGGCGCCAAUUUCGUUGUCUCCAAUUCGGCUUCUUUAUCAAAUGACUCGUCUCCUGCUUGCUCUUUUAAGCGAUUUCUUCGCUUUGGCGACCGUGAAAAGGUUGCGAGAGAAUUAAAGAUUGGGGAUGUCGUUGAGCGGCAUUUAUGCGAUGGAGAUAUUGUCCUUUUCAACAGACAACCAUCCCUGCACAAGCUUUCCAUUAUGGCACAUCGGGCUAAGGUUCUGCCAUGGCGCACGCUUCGGUUUAACGAAUGCCAAUGCGCGCCUUAUAACGCAGACUUUGACGGCGACGAAAUGAAUCUACAUCUUCCGCAAACUGAAGAAGCUAGGGCAGAGGCCAUUGAGCUGAUGGGAGUGCAAUCAAACCUCGUUUCUCCUAGAAACGGGCAGCCUGUGAUUGCGGGUACUCAGGAUUUUAUCACGGCUGCAUAUUUGCUCUCCCAAAAAAACGUCUUCAUGGAUCGUGCAUUUUUCUGCCAAACCGUGACGUGUAUGUUUGAUUCUUUGGAAAAAAUCGAUCUUCCCAUGCCGUCCAUCCUCAAGCCGAAAAUGCUUUGGACUGGCAAGCAGGUUUUUGACAUCCUUAUGCGUCCCAAUGCCGCAUCGCCGGUGCUUGUAAAUUUAGAGGCCAAAUCUAGGACAUUUGUACGUGGUAGCGAUCCCACACGCCCGCCCGAGUUCUGUCCCGUAGAUGGCAAGGUGAUCAGCGGGGUCAUGGAUAAGAGUAUCCUCGGCGAUGGAUCAAAGAGCACAUCGAUCUUUUAUGUGAUCCUGCGAGACUAUGGGUCGUCUUUUGCUGCAGAUGCAAUGCUCCGCCUUUCAAAGCUUUCUUCAAGUUGGCUUACAAAUCGGGGAUUCUCCAUCGGGAUCAAUGAUGUGCAACCUUCAGAAAAGCUGCGCCAUCAUAAAGAGGCCCUUGUCCAAAAAGGCUAUGCAGCAUGUGAUGCGUUCAUUGAGGAGUUCAAGUGUGGAAAAUUGCAAAAUCAACCAGGCUGCACUCCAUCUCAAUCUUUGGAGGCCGUUAUUUCUAGAGUACUUUCGAAAAUCCGUGACGAUGUGGGCCAAAUAUGUUUGGAGGAGCUUUCCGUUAACAACGCGCCUUUGAUUAUGCAAUGGUGUGGCUCUAAGGGCUCGAAAAUCAACGUUUCUCAAAUGGUUGCUUGUGUUGGCCAGCAAAUCAUCUCUGGCUGUCGUAUUCCAGAUGGAUUUACAGAUCGGUCGUUGCCGCAUUUUUUGCCAAACGAAAAGAAACCGUCGGCCAAGGGAUUUGUGAAAAACUCUUUUUUUUCUGGGUUGACACCGACCGAGUUUUUCUUUCACGCUGUAUCUGGAAGAGAAGGAUUGGUAGAUACUGCCGUCAAAACAGCAGAAACCGGAUACAUGCAGCGAAGGUUGAUGAAGGCGCUGGAGGACCUUUCUAUACAAUAUGAUUUAUCGGUCAGGUCAUCGACCGGCAAUGUUGUUCAGUUUUGCUUUGGCGACGACGGUCUUGAUCCUGCUUCGAUGGAGGGAGACGAUUUUCCGGUAAAUUUUGCCCGUAAUUUGAUGCACAUCAAGGUUUAUGGUGAAUUUGAACACAUGGUUGAAGAGCUAGAUUUUCCUGCCAAAUGUACAGAGGCUUUUAUUUCGUCCUUGCGUUCCUUUGUGGUCAAAUAUUGCUGCAAGCCUCUGGAAGAUGCAAACGCCUUUGCCAUGGUACCGGAAAACAAAGCCCAAAUUUCGGGCUUGUCUAAGGAGCAGCUUUCAUUGUUUCUAAAAACAUGCCUAUGCAAGUAUCGACGCGCACGUAUAGAGCCCGGCACUGCGGUUGGAGCUCUUGGUGCCCAAUCUAUCGGCGAACCUGGAACUCAAAUGACUUUGAAGACUUUCCAUUUUGCUGGCGUUGCAUCCAUGAAUAUUACCCUUGGUGUGCCAAGGAUUAAGGAAAUCAUCAAUGCUUCCAAACUGAUAUCAACGCCAAUCAUAACAGCAAUGCUUGUCUCUGAUCGCGAUCAAGUGGCCGCGCGUAUCAUCAAAGGUCGAGUGGAAGUAACUCGGCUCGGGGACCUUUCCGAGCAUAUUGAGGAGGUAUAUACACCCUCGGAAUCGUAUCUUCGCAUCAAGCUGAGCCUGGAAACCAUUCGAGCCCUACAGCUUGAGAUUGAUAUUUUUCAGAUCCAAAAGACGCUUUCUGUUGCUCCCAAGCUCAAGCUUAAUGAAAGCCAAAUACUGGUCGAGCCACCAGAUACGCUUCGCGUAUAUCUUCCUCCAAAAUUGGCUGUCAACGAAAAUAUGUAUUUAAGAUUGCAGCGGCUGAAACGAGCACUUCCGACCGUUGUUGUCCUUGGGAUUCCCAGUGUACAAAGAGCGGUUAUCAAUGAUAACAAUGACGGAAGCUACAACCUUCUCGUUGAAGGGUAUGGCCUUCUUGACGUCAUGUCUACCGAAGGUGUUGUUUCCUCAAAAACGACCUCCAACCACAUCAUUGAGAUUUCAAAGAUCUUGGGCAUCGAGGCAGCCCGUACCACCAUUGCAUCUGAAAUCCAAUAUACCAUGAGCAAACACGGCAUGACCAUUGAUGCUAGGCAUGUUGCUCUUCUUGCAGACACGAUGACUUGUAAAGGCGAAAUACUUGGAAUCACAAGGUUUGGCAUCUCCAAGAUGAAGGAUUCUGUCCUCAUGCUUGCUUCUUUUGAAAAAACCACAGACCAUCUUUUUGACGCUGCUGUUCGUGGCAAACAAGACGAUAUUCUUGGCGUAUCUGAAUGUAUCAUUAUGGGCACGCCAAUGCCUAUUGGGACGGGGCUGUUUAAGCUCCUGCAAAAGGUGGUGGUGGGUGUGCCUGAAUAUGAGGAUUUUGAAAGGCCUGGGGAAAGGUCCAGUAACCCCUUGGAGCGGGAUGACGAAGUAUUUUCCUACAUUGACCACGAAAAAUGUGCCAUGAUGGACAUUGUCGAGCCGAUUGAUGACACCAAAUCGGCCACGCUUGCCAGGCCGCAACCAAGCCCCGUUUCAUCUCUCAAAAUAUCAAGAAAACCAUUAUUGUUUGAUCAAGAAAAAUAUCACCCGCCAAGUACAACAGUAGUAUAG